UAUCCUCUACCGCAAGAAAAAAACUAAAAAUUAAACAAAAUAAAUAACAAGAAACCCUCUUGACAGAAAUUAUUAUCAUAUAUUCAUAUGGUAUAAUAACAGAAUAACCGGGUUUCAAAGGCCUAUAAAUAUACAAGUGUCCCAAGCCCUUUUUUAAUUUGUCUAAAGACGACUACCUUACGGCCUUCUUAAACCUCUCAAAUCGGAAAAACUCCGGUGUAUUCAACUAUGUCUAUGGCUAGGUUUUCUGUCAUCAACAAGAAUCUUCUGCUUUUAAGAAAAUGCAGUAGACAAACAUAUGCGUCAAUUGCAAGUGAUGGUAUGAAAAUUCAAACUACAACUAGUUCUACAUUAAAGAACAAGGCAUCUGAAGCAAGCGAGAAAAUAGCUGAAAAUAAUAAUAAUAAUAUGCCGAAAAAAGAACAAGUAUAUUGGAUGAGAGAUCCUAGAAGUGGAAACUGGGUUCCAGAGACUCACUUUGAUGAAGUUGAUGUGGUUGAGCUUAGGCACAAACUCCUUUUCAACAAACAAGGAUAGCUCGAGCUUCGAGUUGCUUGUUUCAGCUCGUUUAUUACUCCUUCGUUCCAUAAUGAUGUUUCAAUUUCUAUU